UGUAUUAUCGUACUCUCUGCAUCUUUGCUCACAUUUUUGCGGGUCGGCUCGCGGAUCGGUACGAACCGGAAGCCACCAGGGGCUUGACCAUGAAACUGAUUCUACAUCCGGUGAAGAAUUUUUCAUGGUCAUUUUUCAUUUGUCAACGGAUUCGUUAAAGCUGCCACCAAAGACUGAAUACCUUCCGGAAGUUUCGGUACCUCUGCAGUGAUAUUAUCUAAUUGUGGCGGCAUACACUUGUUAAGAGUACCGAAGUCCUGCAGGUCGAUCUACCAUCACUGGCCGCCCACUGGACACUGCGCCUACCGAGGCGCGUCUUUUUCAUUUGACCGGCUGGGUUGACCGUUGAAUAAUAUGGAAACGAUACGGUGAAUGUUGUCUGUGGAUUACUUAUUUGUUUAUGCCGAAUAAUUUUGCAUAAAGUGAACGGUAUCACUCCGGAAGUCCCUUGACGCCAUUUAGGUGGACUGUCCCGUUCUUCCUUCUGGCUCAAAAAUGAUAUUAAGGUUCCUUUUGACCUUUCCUCUUCUCAUACAGAACGUUUUAUCGGCAACCCAAGCCAAGAUCCAGUCUAUCAACGUCAACUGCGAGGAGGAUGGAAUGGGCGUUGACAUUCAGUUCGAUCAGGCCUUCCACGGCGUAAUUUUCUCCAAGAAUUUCUUCAGCACACCAGGUUGCAACUACAUCAACAACCCCGGCCGAGAUAAAGUCCACUUCACUAUUAAAGCCGGUCAAUGUGGAACGGUCAUACAACAGGCCGCCUCCAAUGCGGUCACCGGCAAACGACAACGCCGGGAAGCCAACAGCACCCUGCUGGACACUACGACCACGCACGCUCCGAAGAACGGAUCAGAACUCCGUCAGGGACGCUCCGAUAUGUUCGGUUUUGAUUUCGGCAAGAUCGACCGGAUGUUGUCGUUCGGCAUGCCGGGUAGCAACGGCGGCUCCAUGUAUGAGAAUUCCCGGGAAGAUAUGCCACCACCGGAAGCUAUGGAAUUUAUGCAACAACAGCCUCAACAGCAGAACUCACCGGUACAACAACAGGUUCAGGCGGUGCAGGCCAACGGACCGGAUCAGUCGGCUCAGUAUGCCGGCAGUCAGGUGGCCUCGAUGAAUACCCUUCCACAGCCGCAAUUCCAAGGUCAACUGCCCGUCAGUAAUUUCCAAGCUCCAAAUCCCUCUAUUAACAUCCCGGUAGCCCCUCAAGCCGGUCACAUGUCGGCAGCAGAAGGCGAUCGUAUUCAGCAAUAUCUCAACUCACAGGCUAACCGGGCGCAGACUCCUCUCACAGCGUUCGGGAAUGUCAACGGCCUCUAUCCUUCCGCCGGGUAUAAUCCCAACACUCACACCAAAGUGAUGAACUUUAACUCGGCACCGCAACCACCGGUUCCGCCUAACCCCAUGGGAUCGUAUAAUCUCCCUCAAGGACUGUCGGUGCAGCUUCCACCCGGAGCGCAAAACAGUAAUGGAGAUUAUUAUAAUCAGUAUCAGCAGACCAACCAGAUUCAAAAUAACUAUCAACCUAGUCAGUAUGCUCAGAUCCCGUUGUCUCAGCAGUAUGCCAAUAAUGCCGGCACACCGGCCGGAGCGUAUGAGACAUCGGAUGCCGAUGCACCGUACGGAGACGACACCAACACCACCAGGGCGAGCGUGGAGGAUGCCUACGCUUUCCCGGAAUAUUCCUCCACUGCGGCCAGCGACGCGGAGCAGCAGUAUAUGCGAUCCGACAAUUACAACACUCCGGGUCAAGUGAGCAAUGUGCAGGGAUUUGCCGGUUACAGCAGUGCGCCCUAUGGCAGCGCUGUCCCCAAUGCGCAGUACCUCGGACCCAGCGGUCGCCAAUACGACGGUGACCAGUACAACCCUCCGACCGUCCCCCCGAUGCCGAACUAUCCAAACGCUCCCCAGGGCAUGAACCCUCCCAUGAUGCCGCAAGUGCCCAACUAUCCCGGUGGUCAGCAGAUGCCGGGCUAUCCCUCCGUCCCCGGUGCCAUGGAGAUGCCGCCCGCGCCCGAUAUGCCGGCUUACUCCGGCGGCUCGAUGCUGAGCCCGCCAUCGAUGCCACAAAUUCCCAUCCCCGAUCAGAGUUAUGGCAGUGGUAUGCCGCAGAUGCCUCAACAACCGCAGAUGCCGCAGAUUCCCCAACCCCAGUUUCCAGACAGCUACGGCGGUGGAAUGCCACAGCAGCCGUACGGUGGCGGGAUGCCGCAACAGCCCCCCAUGCCGCAGAUGCCCCAACCUCAGGUGCCGGAUUAUGGCGGUGGUAAUCAGGGAUACAUGGGCGGUAUGCCGACGGCUCCGUCUGUACCGGAACCGCCUCCGAUGCAGGGUUAUGAUGGUGGCAUGCAGGGCAAUUAUGGGAACAAUGCAUACAGCGGUGGUAGCUACGCUACACCACCGUCUAACAGCUACAACGGCGGUCAGACCAUCAACUCAGAGGUGACCGCCAGGCGCACCCCUUCGACGACGCCCACUACCCAGCCCAGGAGGCGAACUUCCAGUAAAGCAAUCGAUGAGGGAGUCACCGCCAGGAAAACUACAACGACCACGAGGGCAACCACCACGGAGGAGGAAGACACUGGGUACAUCACCACCCGGGCGGCCACCACCCGCACAACGGCAGCGAGACUUCGCACCACGACUGCCGCCGACGACGAUGCCGAGGACACGACUGAAGCCACGAAAGCAACCACGCGCACCACCACCCGUGCUACUACGACGCGAACAACAACCACGACGGAAGCCGACGAAGAAGAUACCGAUGCGGUUGUGACCAAAUCCACCAUACGCACCACCCGACCGGCUACCACUGCGGCUCGGUUGCGCACGACAACGGAACCGGAAGAGGAAGAAUAUCUGGCGCGUAAGAAGCCCACAGCCAGCGAGACGGCGGAUACGGGUGUGCGGAAAGCGGCUAAGAACUCCUUACCGGUAUUGCGCGCCGUCCUGAAGGAGGUUCAAGGAGGAUCACGCUUCGGCACAUCGGAAAGUGAGACAGAGUCGGCCAAUUCCGCUAGUGAAUCGGGCAGUUCAUCCAGUAAUAAAGCUGCAGUAAGUUCCAGUGGUACGCAGGUGGCGGGUACCGGAGGAAAGAAGGAGGAAACUGAUUCUGGUACGGCAGCGAAAAAAGAAAGCUCAGGUUACGGCAGUGGCGCAUACAGCGGCGGCACUCCCGCUAAUACCGGCUAUGGAAGCAGCGGUAACAGCGGCACCGCUAACCGAGGUAGUGGUGACGGUUACGAUACGCGGUACGAUCAGAUGGGUCAGGAACCGGCAUUCGGCUACCAUGAACCUAAUAACCAGUACGAUGCCCGGUACGAGAGCAACGGCGUGGACCAAUCAGCCGGUGGACGCGAGCCGACCUUUGGUUAUAAGGAACCGUCUGGACCGAGUGAACCGCGCUUCCAGUAUAAUGAACCUUCUGACCAGUACCGCGAACCGGGAUUCGGUUAUCGUGAGCCGGUAGGACAGUUUAACCAAGAACCGGCAUUUGGUUACCGCGAGCCAUCAGGCCCCAGUGAACCACGCUUCCAGUACAACGAACCGGCUGGUCAGUUCAACCGGGAACCGGCGUUCGGCUACCAUGAACCGGGCGAUCGAUACAAUCAGGAUGCAUCGGCUGGUGGAUCCGAGCCGGCUUUUGGCUAUCGUGAACCGAAUUUUGGUUACAAUGAGCCCAAGUUUGGAUACCAGGAACCACAGGGUGGCCUGAUGCCAGAAAGUGGAGCGUUUAACCAGGAUAUGAGUGGAGGACCAAAUGGGCGGGGUUAUCCUAACGGAAAUGGUCAGGCCGGUGCGCAACAAGGAGCUGGUGUGAACAGAGGCGUGGCUCAGCAAGGAGGACAAGUUGUCAACGGUCCGAAUGCAGUUGUAGCGAAUGCGCAGGCAAAUGGUCAGUUUUCCGGUGGCAAUGUUGCAACUAAUGCAGGAGGUGGUCAGGGCAAGAUUGUGGGAAAUGCCAAUGCCGCCAGUAUCCCUGGGAAGUCGAAUAGUGGUGGAAAUAACGCAGCUAAAUCAACAUCGAAUGCAGCUGGAAAUGGUCAGAUUCAAGGUGCUGUCAGUACCGGCAGUAAUGGCAAUGCGGCGAGUAUUCCUGGAAAGAGUGGUAAUGGGGUUAAAGCCGGUGGGUCAGCUACAGCCGGGAGCGCUAGUGGUAGCGGUAGCGGCAAUGGAGGCACAUCAAGCAUGUCUACCAAAAACACUGGCAACGCUAAUAAUGGUGCCAUGGCGUCUGGUGGUGCAUUGCAGUCUGGCGCCGCUGAUACAUCAAGAAAAUCCAAAGGCUCGAACCAAAAUAACAAUAAAGCAGCAUCCAAGACAUCGCAGACGAGCGACGAUAAUAACAGCGAUAUUGAUGAGGGAUCUGACGAUGACACUACAACCGUAAGAACCACCAAGAAAGCGAAUGCACCUUCCGGUCAAACGCAGACUGGUGGGCAGACCGGAGGACGCGUAGCAUCCAGCCUACCAUCUACGGGAAGCAACCAGGGAUCGCGUGAUGGACAGGGCAAAAAAUCAGACCAAGCAGCGGGUGGAUCAUCGACAGACAGUGCGGCUGGUGGCGCCGCGAAAGGUCAAUCAGGAGCGACUUCCGGUCAGCGAGAUCAGCAGAAACGCAAAUUCGAUGAUGGGGACGAAGGAAACAACAAUUUACCAGCUCCGGUUAUCUCCGAAGUGCAGAAACCUAAAUCCAGCGGUACCGCUCAGAAGGCUGAUGAUAAUAACGAUGCCCUGGACACAUCAGACGGCGCCUACAUCGAGAAUAUUAUCAUCAUCCAGAAUGACCCACUGGUACAGGAAGUGUGGGACGCCGCCCGCGCUAUCCGCUGUGAGUGGCGGUCUAACUACAAGAAGACCGUCUUCACGAAGGAACGCAUUGCCCUGACCGAAGUGCAAACGAUGCGGUUUGCCGGUGACGACAUUGAAGUCUGGAUGGAGAUUCAGGCCGGCAAAGGUCCCUGGGCGGAUCCUGUUAGCAACAUUGUGCCAAUUGGCCACACCAUGACGUUAUUAAUUGGUGCCAAUGAUCCUAAGCAUGAGUUUGAUCUGCGGAUUGGUCGGUGUUUGGCGCACGAUGGCGGUAAAAGUCAGAUUGAUCUUACGGACGACAACGGCUGCGUACUGCGUGACCGCAUUAUGAGCAAAUUUGACAAGGCCAAAGACUGGGGUGCCGAGCACGCCACCAUUGCCUUUGCCCAUUUUAGUGCCUUUAAAUUCCCCGAGACCACCAAGGUGUUUAUUGAAUGCGAUGUGGAAGUGUGCAAACGGGGAUGCACGGAAAUGUGCUCAACAAAAGCCGCAACCGGCAAAAGCUCUGAGAGCCGCCGCAUAUCAAUUGGAUCUGGAGGUAGUUCCGCUUCCGGUGCAACUAAUUCACAGAGCGCCGUUUCUUCAUCAGCCAUCUCCGGAGCUAAACAACGCCAGCGUCGCAGCGUGAAAACCGACAAAGACACACUCUCCGUCCGCAAUCAUUACGAAGCCGUUUCGCCCGCCGACUUAUCCUUCAACAUCGACAUCAAUGUCCCCUUUCAGAAUGGCACCAUAGUGUACGCAGGAAUUAAGCAGAACACGGAUCAGUUCUGUAUGUCCCGCGGCGGAUUCGGUGUGGGUCUGGGCAUACUGCUGACAGCCAUCAUUGUGACCUCCAUCUUAUCGGUGUGUCUGUGCGUGCGGUAUCGCAAUCAGAAACCGCUCUUCAUGUAAAUUAUUUCCUUCCUCCGACCGGUAAAUCUGCACUGGAUUGAUUUUGGAUAAUGACCUUUGGCCACGAUUGGGAUUGUUGUUCUUGAUAUGGUUUUUUUGGUUCAUUAAUUUGUGUAAAAUUUUGCCCUGGUUCCUCUCUGUGUCGUUGUCAAAUAACAGGAAUCUGGGUGAGAUGGCUGUUGGCACUGUUACUGUAUAAUGAUUUGUUUUAUUUUGGCGUUUGGUUAUUCUCUGUACCGCGAUUUGUGAUGCUGGUCAUCCCUAUUGUGUACGGUCAUUUUUCGUUAUGUUCCAUAUUGUGAAGUUUUUUUCUCUGCGAAAUGAAUUUCUGUUAAUGC